CUUCGGUAUUCAGUCUUCAUAGAGAGCUCGAGGGUAGCACAAGCCCGUUACAGAAAAUGAAAACUUCUUGGUUUCUCCUGCUGGCAUGUCUCCUGCCCGGUUAUCUGGAGGCUGCUCGAAUCCUGGCUUUGUUUCCUAUACCAAGUCCUUCGCAUUAUUUUUUCGGCUUGUCCUAUCUCAAGAAAUUAGCAUCCCUAGGCCACGAAAUAACAUCUGUGAAUCCCUUUCCUCUAAAAGAGCCUGUGGAAAAUAUAUACGAUGUACCUGUCCCGGAAGUCUUUGAUAAUUUUGAAGAAAUUCUUAAAUCUGUACAUAAACCUAAGAGCCUUUGGAAGGGUAACGACUUUAUCAAUGAAUACACUCUUAAUCUGACAAGGACAGUGCUGAGUAGUGACGGAGUGCGUCGAGAGAUUCUCAGCCCGGGAAAGGCUCAGUUUGACUUGGUCAUUGCGGAUCUGUGGCGCCUGGAUGCCCUCUAUGGCUUAGCAGCUACCUUUGAGGCUCCAAUAAUUGGCCUGGCUCCCUACGGCACCGACUGGAAAAUCGAUGGACUUGUGGGCAAUAUAUCGCCCAUGUCGUACAUCCAGUCUCCGUCAUCUAACCUCUACGAUUUGAAGACAUUUCGCGGUCGCUUAUCCCACUUUUUAGAUCGAUCCAUUGCUUGGAUGAACUGGAGUUGGCGGCAUCGAGGAAAGCAGGAGACUCUCUACAGAAAAUAUUUUCCGAAAAUCGCCGAUAAGCAGCCGUUAUCUGAGAUUUCCCGAAACUACGCCUUGAUCUUUGUUAAUCAGCAUUUCACUUUGAGUUCACCCCGCUCAUAUGUACCAAAUAUGAUCGAGGUGGGAGGUUUGCAUAUUGAUAAGGAGCCGAAACCUUUAUCGCAGGAAUUGGAGGAAUUCAUCCAAGGUGCUGGGGAGAAUGGCGUUAUAUACUUCUCUUUGGGCACCAAUGUCAGAAGUAAAUCUUUGUCGCAGGACCUUCGGAAGGUACUUAUGGAUACCUUUGCCAACCUGCCACAGCGUGUCCUGUGGAAGUUCGAUGAUGAUCAGUUGCCUGGAAAGCCGUCUAAUGUUUUUAUUAGCAAAUGGUUCCCACAGCAGGAUAUCCUGGCUCAUCCUAAGGUAAAGCUUUUCAUAACCCACGGAGGAUUGCUGAGCACCAUCGAAAGCAUUCAUUACGGAAAGCCCAUGCUGGGACUGCCCUGCUUCUUCGACCAGUUCAAUAAUAUGGAGCAUGUUAAAAGCCAAGGUCUGGGUUUGGUUCUCAACUUGAAGAAAAUGACCAGCCAGGACUUUAAUUCAACAGUCCUACGGCUGCUGACAGAGAAGAGCUUCGAAGAGGCGGCAAGAGCAAGAGCGUCUCUGUAUAGGGAUCGUCCAAUGAAGCCUCUGGAGACGGCCAUCUGGUGGACCGAGUAUAUUCUGCGGCACAAGGGAGCAACUCAUAUGAGAGUGGCCGGCAGGGAACUGGACUUUUUCACUUACCACAGUUUGGAUGUCUUGGGCACUUUUCUUCUUGGCUUCUUGGCCAUUUUAGGAAUGUUUUCAUUUUGCGUGGUCAAGGCUUUCCAAAAAUGUCUUCGUUAUGUAAAGGAAGAAAAGAAGUUGAAGCUGAAAAUUCGUUAAAUAAAAUUAUUCGAUUAAAAUCUUCUUUCUGAA